CCGGGUCAGCCAGCCCCUACAGGCGGCGAAGAGAAGCCCGCAUUUCAGCGGGAUCGUAGCGGCGAUUAAAAAGAGGAUAUCCAGGCUUCUGGGCAUCUUCGGGAAAGAAUAUUAAUUAAUUAACAAACAAACAAGCAAACAAACCAACCAACCAACCCGAGCCAGGCUUCUCAUCGAAACAAGGGGGCCGGCCGGCGAUGGCGUCCCCGGUGGACGUCUCCAGGAUGGAGCAGGAGGUGGUGGAGGAGCUGGGGGUGUCCAUGGAUGAGCUGCGGGUCUGGAUCGACCACGAGGUGGAGAAAUGUGACUUCAUCAAGCAGCGCAAAGCGCAGCUGAGAGAGCUGGAGAGCUGGGUGCAGCAGAAAGAGGCCGAGGUGGAGUCUGUGGACAAGCUCUUUGUGGACGCUUCACAGUCUGUGGUGGACUGCGAGGCUCUGGUGAAGGAGCUCUACUCCAAGCUGAGUCUGAGCUAUCGGGAGAGCAGCUCUGAGGACGAGGGCGCGGGCUCCAAGGGGGGCAGAGAGGGUGAGGUCAUCGAGAUCGACGAUGAGGAGGACGAGGACGACGAAGUGGUGGUGGACGAGGAGCACGUCGUUCCUGCAGCGAAGCCGGCUGCUCCCAACGCCAAGGAUCCGGCAGUGUUUAAAGAUGCAAUGGCCGCUAUGAAGAAGUCUGCUCAGGAGGUCCAGAAGUUUGUGGAUGCCGUUUCCAAGAGCAGCCCUGAGCCCCCCUCCACCUCCCUGCUGAACCGAGGACCCCCAGCCCCUCAGAGUGUCUCCUCCCAGCCCCCGCAGCAGGCAGGGGACGCCGCAGUGAAAGAGGGGGAGCUGGUGCUGUACAUGCGCAUCCUGGGCAAGAAGAGGACCAAGACCUGGCACAAGGGCACCUUGAUCGCCAUCAACCCCACGGGCUCGGGCAGCUUCAAAUACAAAGUGAAAUUCGACAACAAGGGGAAGAGCCUGCUGUCGGGGAACCACGUGGCGUUCGACUACCACCCCGCGCUGGACAGGCUGCACGUGGGCGCCCGCGUGGUCGCCAAGUACAAGGACGGGAGCCAGGUGUGGCUCUACGCGGGCGUGGUGGCAGAGAUGCCCAACAGCAAGAACAAAAUGAGGUUUCUGAUCUUCUUCGAUGACGGCUAUGCCUCUUACGUCAGUCUGCCAGAGCUGUACCCGAUCUGCCGGCCGUUGAAAAAGACCUGGGAGGAUAUCGAGGAUGCUUCCUGCCGUGACUUCAUCGAGGAGUACGUCACCUCCUACCCCAACCGGCCAAUGGUGCUGCUCAAAGCAGGUCAGCUGAUCAAGACGGAGUGGGAGGGGACCUGGUGGAAGUCCCGCGUGGAGGAAGUGGACGGCAGCCUGGUGAAAAUCCUCUUCCUGGAUGUUGGUGCUCUGUUCCAGGACGAUAAGCGCUGCGAGUGGAUCUACCGCGGCUCCACGCGGCUCGAACCCAUGUUCAACCUCAAGAUGAACACGGCCAACUUCCAGGAGAAGAAGCAAGCAGGGCUGCAGAGGACCCGGCCGAACAUGGGCGCGCUGAGGUCCAAGGGCCCGGUGGUUCAGUACACCCAGGAGCUGAGUGGGACGAGCCCGGCCAAGCCAGCCGCACCAGGAUCCCAGCCCAGGAUCCUGCCCAAGCCCGACUCCCCGCAGACACGGCCCGCCCGGAGCGAGAGUCCCGACAGCCAGGUGUCGUCUCAGAGCCGCAACAAGCAGCAGGUAGCGAAGAAGAGCACCUCCGCCUUCGGGGCACCCAAGACUCCCCCCUCCUCCUCCUCUCCUGCUGAGAGCCAGGGCCAGAACCAAAACCAAAGCCAGAGCCAGGGCCAGAACCAAAACCAGAGCCAGGGCCAGAACCAGAGCCUUACCAGGACUCUGAUCCCAACCUCGCACCCCAGGUACUUCUUACUCCACACCGCUACCACCGCACCCCUCCAGCAAACCCAGCAGCAGCAGCAGCAGCCAGUCCUCCCGCAAGCCUCCUCCUCCCCUCAGCUCUACCACUCCUCCCUGAGCGACCGCAUGCCCGUGGAGCCCUCCUACCAGGCCCCCAGCGAGAAGCUCUUCUACGUGCCUCACAGCUGCAGCCCGGCCUGCCUGGACCGCCUCCGCCCGGCGCGGCUGGACCAGUUCCGCGGACGCAACCCGCUCCUCGUCCCCUUGCUCUACGACUUCCGCCGCAUGACGGGCCGGCGCCGGGUGAACCGGAAGAUGUGGUUCCACGUGAUCUACAAGUCCCCGUGCGGGCUGAGCCUGCGCAGCAUGCUGGAGAUCGAGCGCUACGUGUUCUCCACCCGCUGCGACUUCCUUUUUCUGGAGAUGUUCUGCCUGGACCCCUACGUGCUGGUGGACCGCCGCUUCCAGCCCCAGAAGCCCUUCUACUUCGUGCGGGACAUCACCCGCGGCAGGGAGGACGUGCCGCUGUCCUGCGUCAACGAGAUCGACAUGACCCCGCCCCCCAGCGUGGCCUACAGCAAGGAGCGGCUCCCGGGCAAGGGAGUGGUGAUCAACACCAGCGGAGAAUUCCUGGUGGGGUGCGACUGCACCGACGGCUGCAGAGACAAGUCCAAGUGUGCGUGUCACCAGCUGACUCUGCAAGCCACCACCUGCACCCCAGGGGCGCAGAUGAACCCCAACGCAGGGUACACGGACAAGAGGCUGGAGGAGUGCCUGCCCACGGGAGUCUAUGAGUGUAAUAAGCGCUGUGGCUGUGACCCCCAGAUGUGCACGAACAGACUGGUGCAGCACGGGCUGCAGGUGAGGCUGCAGCUGUUCAAGACUCAGAACAAGGGCUGGGGCAUCCGCUGCCUGGACGACAUCGCCAAGGGCUCCUUCGUGUGCAUCUACGCAGGUAAAAUCCUGACUGACGACUUCGCCGAUAAGGAAGGCCUGGAGAUGGGGGACGAGUAUUUCGCUAACCUGGAUCACAUCGAGAGUGUGGAGAACUUCAAGGAGGGCUACGAGAGCGACGCCAAGUGCUCCUCGGACGGGAGCGGGGUGGACGUGAAGGGAGGGGCCAGGGGCGGGGCCUUGAGGCGGGGACAGCCCGGGGGGCGGGGCCAGGGCGGCCCGGCGCAGCAGCGGGACAGAGAGAACGAAGACAACAGCGACCGCUCGGACUCGGACUCGGACGACGAGGACGACGAGGAGGAGGACGAGGAGGAGGACGAGGAGGACGACGAGGAGGAGGAGGAGAGCUCGGACGACAACUUCUGCAAGGAGGAGUACUUCAACGCUGGCUCGGUGUGGCGCAGCUACGCCACCCGCAGGCAGACUCGCGGCAUGAAGGAGGGGGGCUCCACUGCCACCGCGCCGGGGGAGGACAGUAAGGAGGGUCUGUCCCGGCAGCAGAGCCAGGAGGACAGCCAGCCCCCCGUGUCGGAGGAGACUGGGAAGAACAAGGUGGCGUCCUGGCUGAGCGGCAUCAAGCAGGAGCAGGGCAAGCCCAUCAAGAAGGAGCUGCAGCAAGACAAGGACUGCAAGGAAGAACAGAAGGUGUUUGAGAACCCCAGGAUUUUCGGGUACAACCCGUUCCCGGCGAAGACCGAGGGGGUGCGUCGUCCCGUCACCAAAACCCAGCUGCUGCAGAGCGGGCGCGGCCCGGGGGCGCAGACACAAGCAGAGGAUGUGAUGACCCUGUCCAGCUCUGACAGCGAGGGGGGCCGGAAGAGGAGGGGGGCUCAGAACCCCGGCAACGACAGCGAUGACAUCCAGACCAUCUCGUCGGGGUCCGAGGUGGAGGAGAGGAGGAACAGCAGCGCUGGCAACACCAGCACAGGGCCAGUGAAGAGGCAGGUCGCUGUCAAGUCGACUCGCGGUUUCGCUCUGAAGUCGACGCACGGCAUCGCGGUGAAGACGAGCAACAUGCCUUCGGCAGAGAAGGGCGACGGCGCCCCCGUCUGGAAAAAGACGCGUCCGCUGUACGAUGGAGAGGAGUCCUGUUACAUCAUCGAUGCCAAGCUGGAGGGGAACCUGGGGAGAUACCUCAACCAUAGCUGCAGCCCCAACCUGUUUGUCCAGAAUGUCUUUGUGGACACCCACGAUCUGAGGUUUCCCUGGGUCGCAUUCUUCGCCAGCAAGCGAAUCCGGGCCGGGACCGAGCUGACCUGGGAUUAUAACUACGAGGUGGGGAGCGUGGAGGGCAAGGAGCUGCUGUGCUGCUGUGGAUCCACAGAGUGCCGGGGCAGACUGCUGUAACCCCGACCCAUCCACACAGAACCGGACCCUGCACUGCACCAGUAGGACGCCUCUCCUGGGAGGGACUUUGUGAUUUCAUAGUUCUUGGCAGUGUUUCGAACGGCGCUGGAUAUUCAGCGUGUCUCCUGGAGUCCGGGGGAUUCAGACCGGUUUAUAAACUUGUGUUUUUUUGCGUUGCAGGUUUCGUGCUCCAUGUUAAACUGUGAAACUCUCUGUAUCUCUGAGAUCUCUUUGCUGUGGUCCUGCUCUCCCUAGUGUGUUGAAUCUCUCUCUGUAUCUCUGAGAUCUCUUUGCUGUCGUCCUGCUCUCCCAGUGUGUUGAAU